UUCUCUGCUACAUUUUAGUGAUGGGCAUAUUUGGGCUUGGAUGCUUUCAAUGCCCUAUAACAAACCUGAAGAUGCUGCUGGGCUUACCAGGACUGCUACAAUCAAGGGAUCCACAGUAACUUGUGACAAUGAUCGUGCAUGCGGACGGGGUCUGUUCUGUGACCGGCAUUUUGGGCUGUGUAUGGCACUUCGCCAUGAAGGGCAGUUUUGUAGAAAAGAUUCUCAGUGUGUCCGUGGAUUGGGCUGUAUGUAUGGGAAGUGUCAACAGAUCAUACCAGAUGGACAUGAAGGGUCUCGCUGCAAGCAGGAUAAGGACUGUGCCCCUUCUAUGUGCUGUGCCAGACAUCACGGAGAGAUGAUCUGCAAACGCAAGCUUCCUGCUGGGGACAGCUGUUUUGUUCCAGACGGUGGUCUAGCAUUCAGCAUGAACCAGCUAUGCCCAUGUGAGGAAGGCCUGAUCUGCAGCUCCACAUUGAGAAAGCGAGAGAAAGAGUUUGUUUACAGUCACAGUUCAGACUGGAAGUGCAUGUCCCCUUCAUCGUGAACACCUCCCCAACUCCCCC